AUUAAGAACUGUUGGCGGGAUAUCAAGGGGUGGUGAAUAUCACGGAGAGUCACGAAUUUCGAUUUAACCACGUGAUCUGUGAGCUCAUCAGCCCGAAACGGGAAGUUUAAAAGCAGAGCGACGGAAUGUCGAUAUAGGGGAAACAUAUCAUUAAUAGCUGCUAAAUAUUUCAAGACCAAUGUCUUCUCCGGGCCUGUUCGAUGCCUUCCGGUCCAAUGGCGCCCCGACCUACUACGAGUCUAACAAGACUCCUUUUAUGGCAGAUAUUUUGGAAUCUGGACUCAUCUAUGCUUUUGUGAUAGUAGCCUUCUCAUUCUUCAUCAUCCUUCCCGGUAUUCGUGGGAAAGAGAGAAUUUUUGUGUUAAUUCGUGUAACAGUGACGUUAUUUAUUGGUGGCGUCAUCAUGCUGACUAAUUUUGGAUAUGAGUGGGAAGUUGCUGAAGCCAAGAAUGUUAAAACGAAAUAUAAGGCAGGGUCAGCAGGGGAGAUAACCGCUGAUAUCAGCGUGUACAUGGGUCUCCGAGGAAUCAACGUUACGUUAAAAGCGGAGGAUGGUAACCGGGGUCCUUUCAAUGAGACUAUAAACUACAAUGAACAUUUUGACUGGCGAUGGGAACAGGGACGGUUAGGCUUUGGAAUAUUUGCUGGACGUUUCAACCAAGAGUUUCGAGCCGCCCAGUUUCGAGGUACUCCCCUACCCAUUAUUUGGAUAGCCGAAUACUUCACGUUUGAUGGGGAGGGGAUCAGAUGGGGGCGUCAUUACAGACAGGCAGGGUGGUACGCCCACAUCAUGAUGUGGUUGGCUCUUCCCCUCUGGGUUCUGACGAUAGUUUUAUUCUUCAUUCUUCUAAAAUACGGCGCAUACUUCUUAAUGUUAACUGGUGGCGUCAUGGUGAUAGCUAAUAUACUGUGGGCCAGCAUCAGAAACGUCAACGAACUCAUCAUUCCAUUUAGUGCCGAACACAAGCUGGAAUUCCAUUUCGGACCGUCGUUUUAUCUGAAUUUGAUUACAGGCUUGUUGUGUGUCGUUUUGGGUGCCGUGAUCUGGAUUCUGGAUCUCCGAUUUCCGGAAGUGGUGACGAAUUUCUUUGGAGUCGAUCCACUACAGGAUGACGAUUCAGUUAUUCAAGGGGUCGGUUUCGAAACAGUUGAAAAUAGGAAUGGUAUGGAAAUGCAAGGCGCAGAGAACGGUAGACCAGACGACAAUCACCACGCAAGCCAUCGACCGUCACAAACCGCUUCGGCGGAUGAUGACGAGGACGACGAUGAUGAAAUAUACGAACCUCCGGUAUUUAAUCCAAGACCAACAUCUAAACAAACAAAGUUCGAGAAACGCAAGUCACGUGGUGUGACACAACGUUUGCAGAAACCAAGGCGCCGUGCCCCGCCCCCAGUCCCCGAUGAUGACCAGGAUGAACCGGAUGAAAUAUACAGCAAUACUAGGCAAUUUAGCGGCGUUUUUGACAACAAUAUCCCUUACUCCUCUACGUUAUGAGUGUAUAUAUAUAUAUAUAUAUAUAUAUAUAUAUAUAUAUAUAUAUAUAUAUAUAUAUAUGUCUGCUGUGGUGGAAACAGUAAGUGGUAUACGGUAGCUUGCAUUCCUUGAAGGUUGUAGAGCUAGUCGCUUCACUUUUUAUAACUAUAAUGAUUUACCUGUAAUUAUAAUGAAUAUAGAUUAUUCCCAAUUAAUUUCCGAUAUAUAAGGUAUGUAAUCAUUGUUCCAAACACAUGAUUCUUAUUUCCAUUCACUUCCUAUAACCAACUUAUUCCUUUUCACUUUAUAUUCCACAUAUUUUAGGUAUGCUUGUACGCUUAAAUUGAAGCGUAUUUAUACAAAUGUAUAUAGUAUUAUUAUCACAUUUAGAAUAAUAUUUCUAAAGUUCAAUCCUCUUGAGUUUUCCUUCUUUUGAUAUAAAAAUUUAUGGAGUUUUUUCAAUCGCCAAAGGAAAAGUGCUAAAGACACUUUGUGCAAACGAACUCUUUUUUUCAAAAAUAGUAAACAGAAUAAUUUACCCUAUUGAAUGUAAUUUAUUCCCUUGAUUUCUCAUUUAAGUCAAAAACUGGGAAAGUUUGUAAUUAACGUUAUAUAGGGAAGGGAAAUAUAUUUCAACUUUUUGAACAUCACAAGUUGUAGAAGAUUUACAAGUCUUUCAAUUUUUAAGGAAUUUUAUUUUUGUAUUUAAAACACCCAGACUAUACAUCAACUGACGAAUCCUUUUUAUCUUCUUUGUUUGCAUCAAGUGUCCUUAAAUGAUUCAUUUAGUUUUCGCCAUGUGAUCAAAGGACAGAAUUCUAAAAAAAAAAAAAAAAAAAAAAAUCAAAUUAACAAUUCUACCUAUCCAU